GUCGCAAAUUAAUUGAAAGAAUACAACAAAAAAAAAAAAUAAAACUUAAAACAAAUUUACGUAUUCUCUGAAUUAAAAUUCCAAAAAACUUUUGUUGGGAAAAAGUUCGUGUGCGAUAAAUUGUAUCGUUUCUGCGCCCGGGUGACCCAAUAUUAUGAUGGGAAAACAUAUUCCAGGAAAGGAUCUACGCCAUUGCUUUGGCAAGGAAAAUGUGGAACCGCGUGUUGUACCGCCAUUUUCAUAUCAAGCUUUGCAGUUGAAUACCAAAGUGAAGGAACCACCGAGGAUCUAUAUAUUUUCGCCCAGGCCAGCCAAGCGGACAUUCUUUCGGACAUACUUCGAAAGGGGCGAUAUUCCUGUGUGCAGUAUUGGAAUGCCCAUAAAGCUCAAUAACCCCAAAAAACAAUUUCCUAUUAAGUGGGACUGUGAUCCAGACAAAUUGGACUACUGUUACUAUUUGCCAAUAUUUGUUGAUGGAUUAUCGGAAUACGAUUCACAAUUGCGACAUAUUGCACAAUAUGCUGCAAUGGAUUUGAUAUUGCGUGGACGUACAAAGAUCCUGGCUGUAUUACCAAAGCUCAUUCUACCCCUGAAGCGAGCAUUCAACACAAGAGUUAAAAGAAUCAUCAUUGGUGCACUCAAGGUCCUUCAAAUGAUGGUAAUUGUAGCCGCCAUCAAAUGGCAAACAUGUCAAAUAGGUCCUUGUGUUGGACAAGCACUUGUGCCCUACUUUCGUCAGUUGCUGCCAGUGUGUAACUUGUACAAGCAAAUCAACGUUAACCUCGGUGAUGGUAUUGAUCCUGACCGUGAUGUGCGAAUUGGUGACGUCAUCGAGGACACUUUACAAGCACUCGAGAGAUGUGGCGGCCCUGAUGCUUAUAUAAACAUCAAAUACAUGAUACCUACCUACGAGAGUUGCAUGAUGAACUAAAUUGGAAUAGAAUAGAACCAUCUGAUGUUAGUUACCAGGUUUUGCAAGCAAUUAAAUAAAAUCUAGUUUUUUAUUUCAUCUUAAA